UGGUGAAUCAGGCUCUGGGAAGACUGAAUCUUUUAAAAGACUCAUACGUUAUAUUUCUACUGCCCACGACUGUGGAAUAGUCAAAGAUGGAUCUGUUGCCAAGCGCGUACUUGAUAGUACUCCAAUUCUCGAAAGCUUUGGUAAUGCUUCAACACUUAGGAACGACAACUCCUCUCGUUUUGGAAAAUACGUCGAAGUACUUUUUUCUGGGUGAGAUUAUAAUUGCUAAAUAUGGCAUGGUGAAUAUGAAUGAAUUUUUUAUAUCCAUAAUUUAUUCCGGAAAAAUUUUACAAAAUUUUCAUUUAAAAUUUACUAUACUUUAUCUAACUUUUUUUAUUGAUACUAGUAACAAUGUAGUUUUAUCCUUGAUGAUAAGUAAAUUGUCUUUUUAA